AUGAGUGAAAAUAUUAAAAACCUUUAUGUUCGAGAAACAGAAACACGAAAUGAACCAAAACCUCAUAUUGUUUAUCGUGUUGAGGUGCAUGCAGAAGUUAGAACUUGGUCUAUUUGGAAACGUUAUAGUGAAUUUGACGAAUUAAAUGAUAAAUUUAUACGACUUUUUCCAAAUAACCCACCACCUUUUGAAAUUCCGGCAAAGCACAUCUUUCAAUCAACUUUAGGGAAUCCAGUGCUGGUUGAGGAAAGACGAAGAGGCUUAGAAGACUAUUUAAGGGGUAUUUUAUUUCAUAAAGAUGAUCGUUGGAGAGAGACAGAAGAAUGGAAAGAAUUCUUAUCGAUACCAACUGGAAGGCCCCUUGACACUACGACUAUGUACUCUUCAGAAAGUUGGCUUGAUGAAUAUCAUCAAGUACAGGCUUUAACCAAAGAAAUUCGGUCACUUAUUAACCGUCGUGAAACACAUAUUGCACGUAAUGAAGUUCAAGCAUCACAUAAUUGUAGUGUGCAAGCAAAGAAGAGCCUGACAACGCUUGGAGUUCGAACAUCUCAACUUGAAAGUGGACUUAUAGGAUUGGCAAAAGGAACAGGAAGAGAUGGAAAAAUCAUGUCAGAAGGAGAGUUGAGAAGACGGCAAGAUCUUUUAAAUGAUCUCAAAGACGAAAAAGAUACGUUAACAAAGCUUGUAAUGGCAAACCGACCAGAUAUUAAUAAAGCUACGAAACCAGCUAGUUCAGUUGAUCGAGCAGCUUUAUUCCGAACGCCAUCUAGACAGCACUCGCAUCCACAAGUUUUCCAAAAAGCACCACCAACGUCACGACGAGUGUUUGGUAACACUCGAGCUAUGACAGUUAUGCCAGCAGAAACAGAAGUAACUCGAGGAUUAGAUAAUGAGGGUCUUGUCGAAUUGCAAAGAAAAACCAUGGAAGAUCAAGAUCGACAUGCUGAACAAUUUAGUUCUAUAUUGAACAGACAUAAACACAUUGGAGUUGCCAUUGGUCAAGAAUUGGAAUUUCAGAACAGACUGUUGACUGAAUUGAGUGAAAAUGUUGAUCAAACAGCAAACAAACUAAGAAUUCGUCUAAAACUUCUUUGA